AUGAAACCCUGCUCUGCAUUAUUUUUUUGCCUUUUCUGUUAUUUGAUUUAUUCUUUUCACUGAUUUUGACUGUUUUGCUCAAAUACAUUAUGUUUUCAUUGUUUUUUCCUAUCAAAUGUAAUUUGAAAUUUAUAAGUUUUUCCUCCUGAUCAGUUCAACAUAUCUGCAGAUAUAGGUUCAAGGAUCAUGGAUCAUUCGUUGAGCACGCUUCCUAGAUUCGAGCUGGGGAAAGAGAUCAUUCUUACCACAUUAAAACAACCACUGGAUAAUGCAGAGAGCUCGAAAGAUGAAUCUUUACCUCUCGAUGUCACAAAUGCCCCUUCAACUGGUAUCGGUACUAAUGCUUCUACGCCAGAAUCUGAUCCUGUGAUCAAGUACCUUAACCAAAUACUGCUUGAGGAUGAUGAGAAUGACCAGAGCACAUCAUAUGAUCCCAUUGCACUUCGAGCUGCUGAGGAUUCCUUUUAUGAAGCUCUACAUCAGAACCCAUCACCCUCUAAUCCAGAACCUGUUCUUUUCAACAACAAUUCUGAGCGCUCCAGUGAUUAUAGGACAAAUGGAAGCACCAUUAGUGUGAGAGGUAAGGAGGAAGGAACAAGGUUCUUUCCGGCUUGUAGUCAGUUGGUUCUUGAUACAGGUAAGGCUAAAGGAAAGAAGCAUCACUUCCAAGAUGAUGAUUGUGAGCCAAGGGAAGAAAGGAGCAGUAAGCAUUCCGCAGUUUAUGAGGAUGCAGUUGAGUUAUCAGAGGUGUUUGAUAAGGUUUUUCUGUGCACUGACAAUAUGGAUUCUCCACCUGGAGUUCGAAAGGGUACCCAAUGGAAAGGGCGGGGUAAUGGGAGAAGACAUUCAAAGAACCGAGGAGACAGUUGUGAAGUUGUCGAUCUACAUUCUCUUUUAGUCAGCUGUGCACAAUCUAUUGCUUCUGUUGAUCACGGGACGACAAAAGAGCUAUUGAAGGAGAUCAGGCAGAACUCGUCACCUACUGGCAAUGCAUACCAAAGGAUGGCUCAUGCAUUUGCAAAUGCUCUUGAGGCUCGGCUUAAUGGAACUGGUACACAACUAUAUAUGGCCUUAACAUGGAAUAAAGAGUUCGUUUGCGAGUUGUUAAAAACCCACCUUACAUCUUGGCCUGUCAUGAGGGUUUCGAUUUUCUUUGCGAAUAAAAUGAUCUACAACGUGGCGUCGAAAGGCAACUCACUGCAUGUAAUAGAUUUUGGCAUUAAUUAUGGUAUCCAGUGGCCCACUCUUAUCCGGGAUCUUUCACAAAGACCCGGUGGUCCACCUAAACUUCGAAUAACUGGUAUUGAGCUUCCCCAACCUGGUUUUCGUCCGGCACAAAUGGUAGAAGAGACUGGUUGUCGCUUGGCGAAAUACUGCAAGCGUUUUGGCGUGCCAUUCCGGUACAAUGCCAUAACAAGCAAUGACUGGGAGACAAUUAAGAUUGAUAACCUGAAGAUUAUAAGUGGUGAGGUGGUUGUUGUUAACUGUCUGUUUCGAUUCCGAUACCUAUUGGAUGAGAGAGCAUUAGUUUCGCGCAGCCCCAAGGAUGAUGUUCUAAACUUAAUCAGGGAAGCAAAUCCUCAUUUAUACGUGCAAUCUACAAUGGUAGGAUCCUACAACUCUCAUUUCUUUCUAACUCGGUUCCGGGAGGCCCUCUGCUUCUACUCUGAUCUCUUUGAUUUGUCUGAUGCGACUUUACACCACCGUGAUAGAGUGAAUUUCGAGCAACGAUUUGUCUGGCGUCACAUUGUGAACAUCAUUGCAUGUGAGGGCGCAGAAAGAGUGGAGAGGCCUGAAACAUACAAGCAGUGGCAAUCGCGCAUUAUGAGGGCUGGGUUCAAGCCUCUCCCCUUGAACCCAGAACUGGUGAAGGAGUUGAGAGGCAAGAUGAAGGCAGGAUAUCACAAAGAUUUCCUGUUUGAUGAAGAUGGUCCUUGGAUACUGCAUGGAUGGAAAGGUCGGUUUCUUUGUGGUAGUGCUUGCUGGGUACCUGCGCAGCAAACGCACAAACUACGAUAGAUAUAGAUAUAUCACUCUAUGCAACACAAGCUCUUUUUGAGUUAACAAAGUCUUCUCCAUCGUCUUGUCGUCUGUAUCAAUGCCAGAUCUUCACUCAUUAGCUAGCUUUUGUGGACGAAGCAAGAAGACUUGACUAAGGAUAGCACAGGAUCUCGACCCAGACCUAUUCUUAAGGAUAUGGGUCCAAUGUUUUUAGACUUAAUGGAUACAAGUCGGAUAUGGGUUCAAGCUCAACGAUUG